AUGGCACUCUCCAGAGUCCUCCCUCUGCUCCUUUGCAUGGGGGUGGUGAGCGGAUUCCGUCCCAACCACGAAUCGGGGGGCAUUGCUCCAUCCGACUUCACAGAUGCCGACAUCACGGAAAUGGGUGCGCUGCGGGCCGUGGCCUGGUACAUGGAGAAGAACCCCUUGCCCGGAAAACUUCCCAUGAGCCCAGGACAGCUAGAAAAUAUGACACCGCUGAAUGCCACUGGGCUCUUCAAGGCCUAUUUCCAAGCUGACGUCUCUCCCAAUCGAUUGAUCAAAGCCCUUCAGGAAAUUAUCGAUGGGAAUAACCAAGUGGAGAUCCACCACAGGGAGGACAGCAGCUUCUUCUUCUACUGCGAAGAGAUUACCAAAAGUAUUCAACAACUGCGAAACCUGAGGGACUCUGUGCUAUCUGGCCUGAAAGGCCACGUGAACUCAUCCGCUUUGGAAUCGGCUCGCCUCAGCGCGGGAAAAGCCCUCCACGUGCUCCAGCAAUUCUACAGCAACACCAACUGGGUUGAACUGGGAAAUGGUCACCCUUACGAAUACCUGUUAAACACAACCAGUCCUGCUUUUCCUGCCGCCCCUGCCUCUAAGGCAACCUGUCGUGACUGCAUCAGAGAAUCAGGGGACCGGUACUUGUGUGAUGGAAACAUACUAACGAAUGACUUGCUCACGAGUGGAUACAAAGUAUCACGAACAUGCAGGAUGAAACGAAGAGGCAAAUGUGGACAUGGGGGGUUAUAUGAUCCCACCCAAGAUUUCCCUCCCACUGGUGGCAUCAACAAAGAGACCUCUAGCCCUCUGCUCUCCCCGCACUAUCGCUUUCAUUCGCAAGCAGCUAAACUAGCCAUACAAGCUACAAGGGACUUCUUUGUUGGAGUUGGAUUUGGCCUUCUUAGCAAGAUGGGUCGCGAUACUUUCCAGAAGUUCUUCAACUUGGACGGCUAUUCCCUCACCUUUGUAAUAGACACAACUGGCAGCAUGUCAGAUGACAUCAACCAAGUCAAAACCACAUGCAUCCAACUCCUCCGGGAAUAUUCUGGGUCCCCUGAUGUACCUUUUAAUUACAUUCUUGUGCCCUUCAAUGAUCCAGUUGUUGGCCCAGUGCAAAAGACUCGUAACGUGGAUGAGAUUGAGUCCUAUAUCUCUAACCUCAGAGCGACUGGUGGAGGUGACUGUCCGGAGAUGUCAUUAUCCGGCCUGAAGUUGGCUCUGCAAGAGAGCUUGCCAAGAUCCAAGAUCUUCACCUUUACUGAUGCUGGAGCUAAAGAUGCAUCGAUGAAGGAUGAAGUCAAACUCCUGAUUGAUUCCUCUGGGUCUGAGGUGAACAGCAUCCUCACAGGAUAUUGUGACAGCCGGAAACGCAGAAGUACUUCUAAGGAAGAGCCGGAGGCUUCUGGGAGAAGUUACGCUAACCUCUACGAAGAACUAGCUGCUUAUUCCGGUGGCUACUAUGCGAGGACUACAAAAAGCCAGCUCAGCCAGAUCCUGGGCAUAAUGGAGCUCUCCCUGAAUGCUGCCCCUGUUAGGGUGGCCCUUGCGCGUCUGGAUGGGACGCAGUUCCCCUUCCCGGUGGAUGAGACCCUCACAGAAAUCACUGUCUCAGUCAAGCAUCUAAGCUCCUCUGCAUUCACCAUGACUGUGCUGCAGCCUUCAGGGGCCCCCGUGGCUUCCACUCACAGCGUGAUCAACACGGACAGCCACAAGAUUGUGAAGGUGUCUCCUAUCACGGAACGGGGUUCGUGGAGUGUGUCUGUGUCUCCCAGUGGCUCCUAUGAGGUGGAAAUCGGAGGCAAGAGCUUGCUUGAUUUUUCCUACCAGAUAAUGGAAAAUCAGGACGAAUACGUUCUUCCUGUCCAGGGACGACCAGUGAGAGGCUCAAACUACACCGUCUCCAUGAAGCUGAUGGGGGAUGCUGGCGGUGUUCAGCUCCAGCGCUUGGUCUCCAUUUCUGAACUAGGGACCCCCAUAGACUCCAUCGCUCUGAACCAAAUCUUUGAUGCCCUCGGCAACCUCUUGGCCAUUGCUCCUGUUUACUUGUAUGCCCCGGUAACCCUGCUGAAGGUGGAAGGUCUGUCUCCGGGCCAUCUGCCGUUCGCACGAGUCAACUCCGACCGCAUCAGCACAGAAUCUGUGCGGGUCGUGCCCUUGCCAGACCAAAACAGCACCUUGUCACCUGGAGGGACUUUGAAGAUCUCUGUCCUAGUGUUGAAUGACGGGCCAGAUGCUUCAUUCACUUUUAAAGUCUGGGAUAAUCUGGGUUUCCUGAGUAGCUUCACGCCAAAGACAAUGUUCAUAAAUUCAGGAAGGAACAUCACCCUCACUGCAACCUUUGUGGCAACUGUAAAGAAUGACAGUUUUGCCUCCAGUGUUGCAACUUUCACAGCUAAAAGCUCAGCAGCCCAGAACUACCUGAAACUGCCCAUCACCGUCAUCCCAGAGACCGCCCUGGAAACAGACGAGAUCCCACCAGUUCACAAGCUUCUUGACCUUUUCAUGCCAUGCAUAGGCAAGAACCAGAACCAACCGGUCUGCUCUCAGCACACUUGGCGCAUGAGGUUUUCCGCUACAGAUGCUCACAGCGCCGUCACUGUCCGAAUCAACGAAAAUCCCUCUGGUCUGUCUUGCAGCCCACGAGGGGCAGCUGGCAACAAGGACGUCAUCUGUCACUAUCAGUCAAAGUGCUGCUCUCCUUAUGCAGAGGUCCUGAUCAGUGAUGAGAAUGGGAACACGGACUCCUUCACAAUAGAUUACAGGCGAACCAGUUCCGUUACAGACUACUGACCAGCAUCACAUGGAUAUCCAUAGAAAUGGAAGUUCUUGAAUCUUAUUCCUUGGUGCCAUUUGUGCCGAGCAGAAGAUAUUAUCCAGAGCCUAAGCUGCCAGGCAGUAGUAACCUGGCCACACCUGUCAUCUUCAUGAUACACAAAGCCAAAUAAAACAAA